AUGGAUUACGUUGUGGUUUCAGUCAUCUCUGGCGUGGGCAAAGGCAUCAUUGCUUCUAGCGUGGGCCUGCCCAUCCGGAGCAUGGCCCUCAAGCUCACCGAUAUCAAGAUCGAACCUACCAUCAAUCUUGAUACAUGGCGAAAGCUUGUUACCGAUGACGGCGGCGAAACGGACCUUGACCUGAGCAGCUACGAACGAUACCUCAUGACGACGCUUCACCCAGAUUCUGGGUACCUUGUCAUUGUUUCCAUGUCCGAAUUUGACAAUAUCAUCGACAAUGGACUGCUUGGAGCCAUGAGGGACAUGCUCGAACGUAUCAAGAAUAAGCCCCAAGGCAACAGAUAUGCCAACAAAUACGUGUCACAGGCGUACCCGAAGUCUCUCAGUACAUACGCGGAAUCCUUCCAGACUUGCCCCUACGCCAUUAAGAAUGUCCGCAAUGUCCCCAAAGAAGUGGUUGGUAUUCUUAUGGAUUUGCCAGAACUCGCGAAGUACAUGGACUAA